UGGUCUAUAAAAAAAAACGAGUCCAAGUUCACUCUAGUGCACCAGCAGGUUAAAAGAGGAGAGACUGAAGUGAAAGAGAAAGGGACUCAAUUCCAUAAAUUGAUCCUGAUUUAUACUGUAGGAUUAACUGCUAUUUGAAUUUUCGUCUGCAUGUAUUUCAUAAAGGACUGAAAAGCAUUCCUACAUUAUUAAAAGAAGUGAACUGUGAACUAUCUUAUUUAUGAUUUCUUGUUUAUUGGGAUACAACACAGCCGUAACCAUCGGGGUUACAGUAUUAUAGACUAUUUUAACAGAAUUAUACUUCAACUACAUGUACUUAAACAUGUAAAACUUCAUACACUAAAGUAUCAAAAUUGGCGACAGGUUCAUUUCUUAUGUUUUGAAACGUUGGCCUAUGGUUGAAAAGUUUUAUCGCACAUCUUGUGUUUGAAUUUAUCUGUGUUUCAGUGUUAAUUUUAACUUCUAAGGUUGAUAAACUUUUGGAACUAGCUUUAUUUCUUUCAUAUUUCACAAGAAAUAUACUUGAACGAUUUGAACAAAAAGGUUUUAACAUUAUAAACAGUAACAAAAUGGCAACAGGUUCAUUGUCUUCGGUUCCAAAACGUUUGCGUAUGGUUGAAGACUUUUCUUGCACACGUUGUUUAGAGCAGAAUCUUACGGAAUCUGCAGACAUUUAUUGUGAAAAAUGUUUAAGGUUUUAUUGUAAUAAAUGUGUUAUCCUGCAUAGUCAGUUUUUUACAAAACAUAUGACAUGUGGAAGGGAGGAUAUUAAGAAAUGGCCAGUUUCUAAGGCAGUGGAAGAUUUUCUCAGGAAGUGUGAGGUGCAUGAGGAUGAAACACUGACACAGUUUUGCCAUGACCACAGUCAGCUGUGCUGCUCUGCAUGUGUUGGAAUAAUUCACAGCAAGUGCAGUAAAAUGACCCCGAUUUCAGAGCUGACCAACACGCAGCCCACAGACCUACAGGGACUGUCAGUGGAGCUGGAAACUGUCAUGGGGGGAAUCAAAAGCCUACAGAUAAAUCAGGAGGCCAGUGUUCAGUCAUUGCAGAGAACAUACAAGGAACAUGGGGCAGUCAUGAUAGAACAAUUGCAUGGCAAUUUAAGUACUAAUAUAGAUAAGUGUUUUAAUAGUUCUGUGGGUACAUCGGGCAAUAAUUUAAAAGAAGAAAUGUGUUGGAGUGUUCUUUCUAUUUUGAAUGAAUUUGAUAAUAUUACUGUGAAGGAACUAAAUGACAUAAAAGAGGAAGUUAUAAGCAUAAAAGGGUCAGUUACAAGUUCUAUUUAUAAAUGCACCAGUCUUCACAAUGACUUGUCACAAUUCCAUGAAAUUGUUCAGAAAAUUGGAGAUAAUAAGGAGCUCUGCCUUAUAGCCAGCAUAAAAUGUAAGCAUAUAAUACAGCAGGCACUGACUCUGCUGGGGAAGUCAGGCAAGGUGUUUAAUGUCCAGAGUAUUACUAAGCAUAAUGUGAGAAUACCAAGUGAUAAAGGUGUAUGUUAUAUCAGAGGCAUAUGUGUUCUUCCCGAUGGGCAGGUACUGGUUGUAGACGGGAAUAAUGACAAUGUCAAGCUGCUGAACCAGCAGUACCAGGUGGUGAGUCACUGGGAUGUGAAAGCUGAGCCAUUGGACAUUUGUUUGAUCACACCCAGUGAGGUUGCAGUGGCUGUGAAUACUAGUAACAUACAUGAGGUCCAGUUUAUCACUGUCAACCAGGGAAAGCUUGUUUCUGGCAGGAAGUUUCAGUUACAACAUGAAUGUACAUUUAUUACCCAUCACCAAGGAGACCUUUUUGUCACCUCUGGUCAAGAACUGUACAAAUACUCACUGAAUGGCAAACUGAUCUGCAGACUCUACCAAGAUAGAUCAGCUGAUUGGACAGUGAGCAGGUGUGCUGUGAGUCCCACAGGAGACAGGCUGUACAUCACCAGCUACGGGCCGCAGGACAAUCUUCUCACCCUGGCCAGGGAUGGCACACUCCUGGCUACAUACACAGACCCAGCACUACGUGACCCAACUGGUCUACAUGUGACCCCUGCAGGCCAGGUGCUGGUCUGUGGAUUCCUGUCCGACACUGUACAACAGGUGGGCUGGGAGGGAGAGAGUAAGCUGGCUACGCUGGCUACUCGGGAGGAUGGAGUGUGGGGCCCACAGUCAGUCUGCUACAGCAGCACCACAUCAUCCAUCAUUGUGGGACAGGAAUGGAGUGACAACAUCCUGGUGUUCAGAGUGGAAUAGUGUGUACAUUUGCUGCUGGGUCGGGACAACGAUGCUGAGGAUGUGGGGGACAAGCAUGACGCAGAAGGAGAGCACCAGCAUUAAUAUCGAGUUGGCCAAGCAACAGCACCAGUCUGGCCUGCAGGAGCCCAAUACAGAACCAUCCUUUCCCUCCCCUGAUCCCUAGCUCCUCCCACUGGACCUCCGGCCUCAAACAGUCAGCAUCGUUACACAAGUCUGUGCAAUAAAUCCUCAGCACGUCAAGUUUUCACGCGCUGUUAUGAACAACCGAAAUAUCCGUGUCGAGAUUUCCCCAGGCAAGCCCGAGUAGUUUUGUUUAGCUCUAGUGCCAGAGUGGGAUGAGUGUUACAGAAGCGAGACGUUAUAGCAGUACUUAUGGUAACGCUAACAGUUAACGCAAACAGUUAGUUCCUGCUGUGGACAUCACGAAGAAUCUCACGAAGAAUUAAACGUUGAAUAAUUUGUUUAAUUCUUUAUAAGACAGCUAUAUAUUCAGCAAGGAACGAGAGAAAAAAAGGAACAAUUGAAAUGAUUCAUUCAGAAGUAUAUCUGCUGUAGAUAGUUAGGACAGUAGUAGCGUUACAGACUGUCCUCAGCGCACAAUAUAUUCAUGUGGUGCACCACAGACGCAAAUUCCCCCCAUUAUUGAAAACAAGUUGCUAAAAGUAAACACGUCCGGUUAUGUACUCCGAGCCCAAAGGGCAUUGCAUUGAAUUGGGACUAAAGAAGGCUAAAAAACAUGACACCAGUUUUGUUGUAUGCUCCAGUACAACCUUCGACUCUCAGCUCGAAGUAAAUCAGAACUCAAACUCGGCCCUUAACAAUAUCCGCAAGGCCAGCAUAUCAGCUCAGCUUCUGAGCUUCAGCAACUGCUAAGCUCAGAAGACCAAGGAGUAGUGAAAGGCUCAGCCAAAUCAAAGUCCAGCGAUGUGAGGGUGAGACAGCCUUCCCAUGUCCUCGUAUUGCAACAUGAAGGACAUUUUAGCUGAAACUAACAAGGGAGAGAACUGUAGAUCUGCACCAGCACAGAGCACCAGCAUUGAUAUCGAGUUGGCCCAGAAACCACACCAGUCACGCCUGCAGGAGCCCCAGUCCAGAACGACCCUUCCCCUGCCUUGACUUUUAACUCCUCCCCCUUGACCUCCUGCCUCAAAAAGUCAGCAUCGUUGAACAACUCUGUUCUGCAGGAAAUUCUGAGCAUGAAUCUGUUCUGAACAAACGCAAUGCCCACGUUACAUUUUCCAAACAUAAGCCUGGGUAGUUUUAUUAAGCUGGAGUGGCGCGUGGGCCUGAAAGGGACGAGUGUUACAGACACGAAAAGUUAUAGCAGUAGUUAUGGUAACGCUAACAGUCAGUUGUUGCUGUUGGACAUCACAACAAAUAUCAUGAAGAAUAAAAAGUUCAAUAACUCAUUCCAAUCUUUAUGAGACAAACAGAAAUUGAACGGGAGAAAAUCAAAGAACAAUAAAAGCGUAAGCUUUCCUAGUGGGAUACUUCUGCUGUUGAUAGUUUGGACGACAGUAGGGUUACAGACUGCCCCAGAUUGUCCUCUCAGCGGCCAAAAUAUCAUAUUAGAACGGACUUUUGGCAAUGUUACUGACAAAGUAAGGCAGUAAUGACUUGGUUGUGAAAACCCAGAGCACGAUAAAUCCGUGCUGACACAGAAAGGCAGUAAUGACUUGGUUGUAAACAUCCAGAGCGCGAUACAUCCAUGCUGACACAGAUAGGCAGUAAUGACUUGGUUGUGAACACUCAGAGCAAAAUACAUCCAUGCUGACACAGAAAGGCAGUAAUAACUUGGCUGUAAACACCUAGAGCACAAUACAUCCAUGCUAACACAGAAAGGCAGUAAUGACUAUGCUGUGAACACCCAGAGUACAAUACAUCCAUGCUAACACAGAAAGGCAGUAAUGACUAUGCUGUGAACACCCAGAGUACAAUACAUCCAUGCUGAAACGGAAAGGCAGUCAUGACUAUGCAGUGAACACCCAGAGCAAGAUAUAUUCAUGCUGACACAGAAAGGAAGUAAUUACUAUGCUGUGAACACCCAGAGCAAGAUAUAUCCAUGCUGACACAGAAAGGCAGUAAUGAGUAUGCUGUGAACACCCAGAGCACAAUACAUCCAUGCUGACACAGAAAGGCAGUAAUGACUUGGUUAGGAACACCCAGAGCACAAUACAUCCAUGCUGACACAAAAAGGCAGUAAUGACUUGGCUGUAAACACAGAACACGAUACACCCAUGUUGACACAGAAAGGCAGUAAUGACUUGGCUGUGAACACAGAGCACUAUACAUCCAUGCUGAAACAGAAAGGCAGUCAUGACUAUGCUUUGAACACCCAGAGCACGAUGUAUCCAUGCUGACACAGAAAGGCAGUAAUGACUAUGCUGUGAACACCCAGAGCAAGAUAUAUCCAUGCUGACACAGAAAGGCAGCUAUGAAUAUGCUGUGAACACCCAGAGCAAGAAUUAUCCAUGCUGACACAGAAAGGCAGUAAUGACUAUGCUGUGAACACCCAGAGUAAGAUAUAUCCAUGCUGACACAGAAAGGCAGUAAUGACUAUGCUGUGAACACCCAUGGCAAGAUAUAUUCAUGCUGACACAGAAAGGCAGUAAUGACUAUGCUGUGAACACCCAGAGCAAGAUAUAUCCAUGCUGACACAGAAAGGCAGUAAAGACUUGGUUGUAAACACUAAGAGAUCCAUACAUUCAUGGGGUGUUCCACAGACUCAAAUUACGCCCACUAUUGUGAACAAGGUGCUUAAAGUGAACACGUCUGGUUUUGUUAUGAGCACUUAGCACUCCGAGCCCAAAAGGCCUCGCAUUGAAUUGAUGCAAGAGAAGGCUUUGAAAAAUAACAGCAAUUUUGUUGUGUGGUCCAGUAUGCCCUUUGACUCUCAACCUUAAGAAAGCAGAACUCAAACUCGGCUCUUAGCAAUAUCAGCAAGGCCAGCAUGUCAUCUCAGCUUCUUGAGCUUCAGGAACUCAUUUGUGGGACUCCCAAGGUUCCUUAUCAUCACAAGGUGAGGCCCAGAGAAUGAUGUUAACCAAUUCCGACUCAGCCACUACAUCUCAAUAGUGUCUGGCAAUAUCCUAGCAACCAACCCACGUGGACACAGCAGCAAAAAUAGAAUCAGCUGCAGUCUAGUUGAGCAUCCUAGGGUGCCUAGCAAUGAAAUCCUCCACUAUGACCUUGUCCUUACCCCAGCACUCACCUGGUGGUCAGGUUGGAGGUCACAUUGGCCUGGGUGGUCAUGGCAAAAUCUGGAUAGCAGAGCGUUGAGUUUGGUCUGGAAGCAUUUGCUGUCACAGCUCCAUGGUGCAGGACCAUCAGUCUAAGAACAUCUUGCAGAGCGAUCCUUUGAUGCCAAUUGACACAAUCAAACACCAAAUCCCCAACCCCAAACACAGCCUGUUGUAGCAGCUGUUACCAUAUUGACCCAGGUCAACCCUAAGAAGCUCAGAUACAGAUACUGUUUUAUUAUGCUAGUCUCUUCGUUCUUCGUGGUCUGUUAAGCACUAACUCUAACAAGUCUCUUCUUUGAAUUGUGUGGCGGGUGGACAAUGAAUUACCUUGUUCAGAUUGAAAUGGCAGAAUGACAAAUUACAACAAUUUCAGUGGAAAGCCAGAAAGUCAUGUGGCCAGCCACGUUUUUUAUUUGACCAGUCAAGGUGUGUUAUGUGACCAGUCAAGGUGUGUUAUUUGACCAGUCAUGGUGUGUUAUGUGACCAGUCAAGGUGUGUUAUGUGGCCAGUCAAGGUGUCUUAUGUGACCAGUCAAGGUGUGUUAUGUGACCAGUCAAGGUGUGUUAUGUGACCAGCCAAGAUGUGUUCAAAGAAAAACAUUAUUACAUGUAUCAUGAGAACUAUGAUGCUGUCAGUCAUUUAAUGUUAAAGGCUUUGGUUAAAUAUAGUAUGUAAAGUUGUAUUAUAAGCACACAUAUUACUUCAUCUGUAUUAUGAAACUUUCACUACAGAUUUUGAUACUGAUUAUGAUAAAUGCAUGGGAAAAAAUACCCUAGAUUUUUUGUAAAUGAUUUUGAGAUUGUCAAAUCUGUUCAAAUGAUGCAGGUCACUUGAGCAAAAUUGGGGAAAAGGCAUUAAUUGCAUGUAAUAAGGCAGUUUCAGGUUUAUAAGCUUUUACAAGUAAUAAAAAUGUGCUUUUUAAAAGAAUUGUUCAGAAAGGUUGAAUUUUUAACGCUUCAGUUUUGAUCGGUCUAUUAAUUUUCUGAAUACAAUACUCAACAGUUAACUCUAUCAGGUCGCUUUUUUAUCGAGAAUCUUGCUUAUUGUCGUACUUUUUCAAGAGAAUAUUUACAAAUUGUUGGCAAAAUUGUCAAUUCUGUAUUUACUACCAUUACUUUGUUGAAUUGAAUGGAUAUGGUUUGUUACUGAAGUAGAAGAUGACCCUUGCGUUAUUUUAGAUCCUUUAAAUGAAAAUGAGAAAUUAAACAAAGAGUUAAUAAAUUAGUCUUAUGAAUCGUUGCAAACGUUAUUAUUGUUAAUUUGUGUUCAUAGAUCAUAUGCUUGCAUACUCAUAAGUGUUCACAUUCGUUUUUGGAUAAUAUAACUUAUUAUGCUUUAUAUUUUUGUAUACACAUUUAGAGCACCAGAUUGUAUCAUCUUGAAUCAGUGAGUAACUUAACCUAAAUUUCUUGAUCACUGUAUGUGGGUAUAUUAUGCCAUCUAUAUAUAGAUCACCUGCAAACAAUUGUAUCUUUGAUGUAAAUUUUUCAUUUAUUUUCGUCAUGUUUAUUAGAAAAAGUCACUUUGUUCAUUCAUUUGUACAAACCAUUACUAUUAAAAUACAUUAAUUGUGUGAUUGCUUAUGUUUGUAUUAAAGAGUUUCAAUAAUGCAGCAUAACAUAUUUCGAAGAGACAAAUAUACAUAGUGAUAUAGAAACACCUUGUUAUAUUCGAUUCGCUAAAAAUAAAUUUGAUAACAACUUAAAAUGUGUUUACUUUUAGUUUUUAUUAUCUUAAGAAAAAUUCAUACCUCGAUAUUUGAAAUCUGUCACUUACAAAUAAAGGUACCGGUAAAUCAAUGUCAUAUGUUAACAGCUGUCAAGAAUACAAUUGUCUCUAUUGGUAAUAUAUGAGAGCAAUAUUAUUUGCUAAAGAAAUACGUGUCCUUUGAUAGAUGAUAUCUGUGUACACAACUGAACAUAACAAAGUAAACACAUACAGAAUUUCAAGUAAAGUAAAAGUCUACAAGGAUUUUGUGGAAUAAACCAAUUAAAAAUAUAGGCAAAAUGCAUCAACAUUGACAUUUAUUAAAAUCUAUUAAAUUUGGAUGAUUAUUCAGUGCGUAAAAUUAUGUAAUUGUUAGAAGUGAAUGUUCUGCCUAAAAUUAAUCUUUAUGACAUAUUUAUAUUUCAACGAUGAUAUUAUACGUGUACUUGUAUUAUAGUUGAUUUAUAGUUUAUAAUGAAUAGUAAAAUUGUUCUAGUUUUAUCACAGUUUGUUACACGUUGAACCUUCCACAUAAGAUAUCAGUGGAGCGCCUUCACAGGGGCCAGUGGCUAAGGUGUGGCUGUUUAUGUUAAGCUUUUAUUGAAUGCAUGAAACAUAUUUGUUUUGUUGUUAAACAGCUGAAAAUUACUUUGUGUUUUAAAAUUGUUUGACAUGCUUUAUGUAUACCAUAUUGAUAUAUAGAACACACAAUAAACAUUUUGCGAUAA